AUGGCAACAAGAAGGAGGCUAUUCUUGGAUGACUCAGCUGUGUUGACACCUUUCUUGCCAAAGUUCCUUUACAGUUCGAGAACGACCUCAUCUUCCUUCGUAACAACAACAGCAGCAGCAACAGCCGCCUUCUAUAAACUAUACGGUGACGAGGAGAUCACCUUCCCCAGAUCCCAACAGCAUUUUAUCUCCUCCGUGAAGGCGGCAUCUUCACAUUUGUUAGCCUUCCAAUCAUCAUCACCGCCACCACCAUCCCAAUCCUCCUCUGUCUCAGCCACAGUCACCUCGGUACCCUCUCGUCCGCGCAUCCUUCUUACUAAUCGCGGUCGAGGCCUCACAUUUGAGCGGACCACUCCGCCACCACUACCAUCAACGCCAACAACGGCGACUCUCACGUUAUUUAAGAGGGAGGACUUUAGCCCUCAUUUUGAUGAUCCUCUGCUCUCCUCGGUGCUACCCCCUCCAUUGCACAACAAAGCCACUCGAAAACAAAAUCUAUUCCCUCCUCCUCCUCCCACUCCCUCUGACAAGUCUACUGCUGCUGUCUCCGUAGUUGGUGACGAUGAUGGUGUUGGCUCGAUAGUGGCCAUGGGGGAGGAGGAUGAAGGCGAGGAUGAAGGUGGUAAUGGCGAAGAAGGGGUGCACGAUGGAUUUAUCUGUAGCCUCCCGCUCUCUUCAUCUUCCUCCUCAUCCUCCGCUGCCGUUGCUACAAUAAAUGCACCGACGCGUAGGAGUCGUCGGAGGGUCGUUAAACGUGGUAAUAAUAGCACCAACAGCACCACAGCUAACGUAUCGGUUCCUCGAAAAGUAGCCUCUUCAUCACCCUACUUCACUCGUUCCUCGGUGGUGGCUGCUAACCACCGUCAGAGACGGAGACGUCGGCGACGUGGGCGAGGGUCGACUUAUCAACCACAACGUGGAGUGAAAGCGGUGAGUGUGACACGGAGUCAUCAUCAUCAGCCAUUGCGCCGUAGGGUGGUGUAG